ACUCGACCAUCGAAAACGAUCGGGAAGCUCAUCUAGGCACGGGUGAUGAACUUCGCGAACGGUGUCGCCAUGUCUGACGGGUAAGGAAGCAAUCCGCGGCAUCGGCGCUAGAGAAUGGACGCGUGUGGCCACAUUCUCGAGCUGCCAAGGCGAAGACGAAAGUUGCAGCAGGGCUGGCUGGGCUCUUGCGCACGCCACAUGGAUCUGAGUCUCUGUGCCACUGGGCAUGUCACGGCUCAGCAAUAGAGGCACUAGAGGCACUGUUAUUGCAUGCUUGGUGGGAGUUGAGAUAUACAGGCGAGUAUCUCUUUGGUGGAAUGGAGAGUGUGCGAUGUACGCUGAUGUACGAGCUUGGUGCAUAACUGGAGCUAUUAUAAUAGUGAGGUGGCGAGGCUAUCGGGUGUCAGGAAUAUCAAUUGGACAGCAGUGGAGGCGCACACGAGGACUUGUAGCAUCUACCUUGACGCUAUUGUGGCAACUGCAGUUUUGUUGGUUGACGUUCUCCGCACGUCAUAUGGCGACUGUACACUAAAGUAUUUUCUGGUGGACUAACGUCAUUCUCCUUUACAAUUGCAUCUUCUUGGCAGCGUAAAGCUUUUCCUCCUACUGAAGACGGACACCUUCUCGGAAUAUGUUUUGAUUGGGAACGGAGAUUAACUUACAAUGGAUUUUCACCUUCUGUGCUGGGUGUUUAUGACUGGAGACUGCAUUGAUGAAGUCGCUGAGACGUUCUGGUAACAAGUGCCUUGUUAUUUCAAUGAAGCGAAACAGUAUCGUCGUCAAUUAAAUGGUGCGACCGUUUGGUUAAACUUCGGUUGGACGUUUAGUGGACUUGUGGACGGAGAAUGUGCUUAACAAAGAUUUGAUAAAUUACACGAUGUGAUAAGUCGAUGCCAGACGGGACGUAUGGCAGUCAACAUGGCACUACAUCCCGAAGACCAAAGACGAAGGGAAGAAUGCUGUCAUGUUGAUUUUUUUUCUGGCACGAAUACUAAUACACGUCGAUUUUAUCGUGCUGCCAGCGUUGUUUUUUUUUUUUCAUCGCGGCACCAGCAUGAAGGCCCUUUAAACUAAACGUGAAUGUGUUUGCUUCUCACGGUAUCAGAACGGUUGCAAUAUCGUCACCCAUUGGCAACGAAGCUGUCAUUUCAGUUCAAUUUGUUCACUUCGACCAAGAC